GUCUCCCAGGCUCCCACCGCCUGCAUUUCAACCCAACAUCAUACGUUUUGCGGCUCAUCAAUCAGAAACAAUUUCGCCCAUCAUCUGGCUUUCAGUGAUCCUACGGUAACGCCCGUUUUCUGUUCCCUUCUUUCCUCCGACGUCAUAGCGCCGUGAACCAUUGGAGAGGCAACUGUCAAACUCGCGACAGUAUCAGGCAAUUAGCUGCCUUAUCAAGCAUCUUCUAUUUUCGUCCGUUGUGACUUUGCUAAAUUUGCAAACAAGGCUGUGUGACUCUUCAACCUCAUUUAAAAGAGCCUCUAAGUACGGCGUUAUUCACCGGCAUAAGUCCAAGCGCAUCAUCAUGGUCAGAAGUCUAAGUGAUGAGAGUGAACACGACGGUAUUGGAAGAUGGUUUGACAACGACGACGAAACGGUUCAAUCGCCGCAGCCAAUUUCCAUGGAAGAAGACCAGGAACUAAAGGAAAUCCCCAUCGACGUGGUUGGCUCACCGAAGGAGAUGAUAGCCUGGCUGACCGACCUCCGACAAAAAACUGAAGAGGUUCGACUGUUACACCCUGUCACAGAUGUGCCAUCAGUAUCGUCCGUGCCUUCACUUAACCUAUCAGACGAGACGAUGAGCUGCAGCACGCGCUCUGUUCACAAUGCUGCUGGCUUAUCUACUGAUGACGAGACAACAGCUAUGAGCCAACGCGGUCUCGCGACCAUAGAGUAUGGUUACGACGAAAAUGCCCAAGAUUUUGCUUCAGACUCUUCGUCAGACAGCUCUGGGAGUUUGUCUCCGGUCUCCUGCCUGUCUCCAAGUAACACAAAUAUCACAUCACCUGGCUCUGAUGGGUCUGACCAGGACUCCAUAGAAUCGAUAGAUGACAUACCUGAGAGUGCCUACGAGUCCUAUUCAGCCGAAACAGCUCGAAUGGGCUUACAAGGGUCCUACUGGGCCUACGGGAGUGAUCUGGAGACAUCGUAUUCGGAUCAGCACCAUCAAGCCUGUGAUGCUGACGACGACGACAACAGUGAAGCGAACGAAUCCACGCGCAGGGAGGAGCCUACAGCUGCUGAAGUUGGGUCUUGUACAGGGUCGACAGAAGCCAACGGUCUAGUGCAGCACAAGGAUCAGCCACCUAAGCGUGCGGCUCAAGACGACGAGAACGAACACCAACAAGUCUCACGGGCGAAGAAGUCUAAAAAGCAAGAGGACUCUCACCUCAGGCUGGCUUGCCCUUUCUACAAGCACGACCCGAUUCGAUAUCGCCGCUGUCACGCCCACGUUCUCAAGCGCAAUAGCUACGUGAAACAACAUCUCUUCCGCUGCCAUAUGCAGCCCAUCCACUGCGACAUAUGCCUCAGCAUAUGGUCGAAUGUCGAAGAGCUUCGAGAGCAUCGUCGUGCUCAAAUAUGCGAGAAGCGAGAGUAUAUUGCCCCCGAUGGCAUUACCCCCGAACAAGAGCGCAAGCUACGGUCGCGGCUUGGAAGUCAGAACAAGUCGGAGAGUGAUCAGUGGUUUGAGCUCUAUAGCAUCCUUUUCCCAUAUGCUCAGAAACCGAAGUCUGCAUAUCUGAACGGUGAAUUGUCCGAGGAUGCGGAAAGUCUACGCGAGUUUAUUGAAGGUCGCGGUACGAAUGUGAUGAUGGAACAACUAAAACGGUCAGGCCUUAUUUUGAAUGGAGAGAGCAAUAGCCGGGGAAUUGAUAUAGAGUUACAGAACAGUCUACAGAACGCUCUAAGUACUAUGUUUGAGGGAUGGCAGAAUCAGCGAAGGGGGGUUGAUGAAGAUGAUGGUGGUCGGCAGACCAAGAGGCUUAAACCAACUCCUGGAGAGUUUCCAUCCAACAAGACUCAGAUGCCUGUGAGGACUGACACUGGAAGUACGAAUACUACUGCAACAAUGAUGGAUGAUCAAAUUGAGGGGGAACAGACCAGGCCAACUACUUCAUCCUCUCAACAGAAAGGAGAGAUUGUCCUCGGAUUUUGGAAGUCACCUUCCUAGCAUUUACCCUACCUUGAAUCUAUGCUUUUCUUUCUUUUCAUUUUAUGAUCUUGGAAUAUUUCUUUCUUACUUAUUUCUCUGUCAAAAUUGCACUAUUCAACUAUCUAUCACAGAACCCCAUUUUCUCUACUUUUGUGUAUGCCCCCCAUAGACCUUCAACUCUUGGGACAAGGCGCCCACCUUCCUCAGCUCUUCGACAGGCCUCUUGACAGCCGAGGUUAUAAGAUUGACAUGAUUUCCUGUGGUCUUUAGCUCAUAGUUAUCUUUUCCAUAAAACUUGUCGAGGGCUUCCGAGAGCUUUAAAAUAUUCGGAAUUUCGGUCUUGGAAAACCGGUGUACGUGGUUCGUUUUGUUGAUUUUGCUGGACGAUGUCAUUGCGUAGAACUUAAGUGGUGGAUCGUAUCUGUAAAUGAAUGGAUAGGUUGAAUUAGCAGAAGGUCGAGAUGUGUUGAGAGUUAAAUUUGGGUAGCAGAUGUCCAAGGUGGG